UAAAGGGGCCGAGACCAGAAAAUUUCCGUCCACUCUCUCCCCCUCCCCAACCGCCCCCCCCCAGGCUAGUUGUGAGUUGAAGGACUGAGCGCGGAGGGCGGGGGGGCGUCCGGGGAAGGGGGAGAGGGCCUCGAGAGACCCCUCCCGCGUCCCGGGCCGGCGCUGAAUCACCGGCGAGGUUUCUGAACACCCGUGAAUGAGCCGCUCGCCAGCCUUGGCACCCGGGACCCCCCAACCCACCACUGGCAUGCCCCACCAGCCUUCAGCCUGAGCCGGCGGCCCCCGCCCCCUCCCCCCGCCACCCUGCACUGUCCCGGCUCCCCCGAGGCCCCCACGCUGCAGUGUGGCCGGGCCCCCUCCCCACCGGGGCCACCCCCGCCACCCACCCCUGGUGCCCGGCGUGGUGGCGGCCUGGCCCGCAGGGCCAUGAAGCUGCAGGCGGUGAUGGAGACCCUGUUGCAGCGGCAGCAGCGGGCCCGCCAGGAGCUGGAGGCCCGGCAGCAGCCGCUGCCCGAGCCCCCCACUGGACCCCGGGCUCGGGCCCCCCUCGAUGAGGACAGAGAACCUGAGAAUGCCCAUAUGCAGCGGGCACAGAUGGCCGCACUGGCUGCCAUGCGGGCUGCUGCAGCAGGCCUGGGACAUCCACCCAGCCCUGGGGGCUCUGAGGACGGGCCCCCAGGCUCAGAGGAUGAGGACUCGGCCCAGGAGGGGGCUCCGGGCUCACCAGCCCUGCCUGGGCAAGGCGGGGAAGGCUCCAGACACACUGAAGAUGCCACACACUUGGAGGACUUAGGCUCCGAUGAAGACCUGAAGCCGAAGUGGGAGGAGGAGGAAGAGCUGGAGGAAGACCUGGCUGACGAGGACGAGGACGAGGACGACUAUGAGGAUGAGGGGGAUGAGGAGGAGGAGGGGCUGGGCCCCCCAGGUCCCCUGGGCCCGGGCUCUGCCGGUCUGUUUCCACGCAAGGCCCAGCCAGCCCAGGCCUUCCGUGGGGAGGGUGCUCCCAGGGCACUAGGCGGCCCUGAGCGGCAGGGGCCUGGCCCAGCCCACCCUGGAGGGGCCGCCCACCUAGGGCCCCAGCCGCAGCCGCCAGACCCCGGGGACUGGACCUACGAGGAGCAGUUCAAGCAGCUCUAUGAACUGGACGGGGACCCCAAGAGGAAGGAGUUCCUGGACGACUUGUUCACCUUUAUGCAGAAGCGAGGCACGCCGGUGAACCGCAUCCCCAUCAUGGCCAAGCAGGUGCUGGACCUGUUCAUGCUGUACGUGCUGGUCACGGAGAAGGGCGGCCUCGUGGAGGUCAUCAACAAGAAGCUAUGGCGGGAGAUCACCAAGGGCCUCAACCUGCCCACCUCCAUCACCAGUGCCGCCUUCACCCUGCGGACCCAGUACAUGAAGUACCUGUACCCCUACGAGUGCGAGAGGCGGGGCCUCAGCAGCCCCAGCGAGCUCCAAGCCGCCAUCGACAGCAACCGCAGAGAGGGCCGGCGCCAGAGCUUCGGGGGCUCGCUCUUCACCUACUCUCCGGGCGGGGCCCACAGCACGCUGUCCUCGCCCAAGCUGCCCGUGCCCUCCCUGGGCCUGGCGGCCAGCACCAAUGGCAGCUCCAUCACCCCGGCCCCCAAGAUCAAGAAAGAGGAGGACUUGGCCAUCCCCAUCACGGUCCCUGGCCGCCUGCCCGUGUCCCUGGCGGGCCACCCGGUGGUGGCUGCCCAGGCCGCCGCAGUGCAGGCCGCGGCAGCCCAGGCCGCCGUGGCCGCCCAGGCCGCUGCUCUGGAGCAGCUUCGGGAGAAGCUGGAAUCUGGGGAGCCCCCUGAGAAGAAGAUGGCCCUGGUGACUGAUGAGCAGCAGCGGCUCAUGCAGCGAGCACUGCAGCAGAACUUCCUGGCCAUGACGGCGCAGCUGCCCAUGAGCAUCCGGAUCAACAGCCAAGCCUCUGAGAGUCGCCAGGACUCGGCUGUGAACCUGACUGGCUCCAAUGGCAGCAACAGCAUUAGCAUGUCGGUGGAGAUCAACGGCAUCAUGUACACAGGAGUGCUGUUUGCCCAGCCGCCGGCCCCCACGCCACCCUCGGCUCCCAGUAAGGGCGGUGGCGGCAGCAACUCUGGCGGCGGCGGCGGCGGCAGCCGGGGAGCAUCGGGCGGGACCAGCGGCGGCGCGGGCGGCCAGGCCGGGCCUGCAGGACGGCCCGGGCCCCCCACCUCUACCUCAGAUACCUCGCUGCCUUAGCCGCCCCUGCCGCCACCAGCGCCGCCACCACCUACGGAGCACGCCCUGCGCGGCCCUGCGCACCAGGAGGGUGCGCGGUGCGCGGGAGGGUGAGGCCCCCAGGAAGCCAGCCGACGCCAAAAAGGAAAGAAAAUAUAUACAUAUAUAAAUAUAUAUAUAUAUAUAAAGCAAAUUUAAUAAAACAGGGAGCGCGGGGAACACUGGGAAGUCUCAGGUUUCAGACACCGAGAGGAACCGUCAGGAGCACGAGGAGCCAGCCCCGGCGCCGGGGCGCGCACUGCGCCCCGCUCCCUCGCCAGCCUGCGCCCCGCGCGGAGCGGGACCCCUGAGCCACAGCCACUGAAUUUGUUUUUUCCUGAUGCUUUGGAAACUUACUUUCUUUCUUUAAAAAAAAAUAGCGAUGUUCAAAUUCUAUAGGUUUUUAAAAGGUUUCCGGGUUUGUUUGUAAAUACUCUAUUUUAUUCUUGGGGAGGGGGGUCAAACUUUAGGAAAAGGAAUAUCUAUAUAUCUAUAUAUUUGUGUUCAUUCAGGGAAACGGACUUGAAAGCAAACACACCAACCCGGUAAUAACUGUAUUCUCCCGGGGACGUGCGGGCUCCCGCCCCAUCCCGUGGCCACGGACCGCUGGCCCGGCCACUCCGGUGCGAGCGGCUGGCAGGCCGGCGCAUGCGCCGUUCGUGGGCCCACUUGGGGUUCCCGGGACGCCCUCUCUGGUGCUGGCUCCAGCUGCCGGGCCUCAAUUCAGGGACCUGGAAAUCUUAACCAGGAAGUAGAAAGGGCCUGGAGCUUGGGAGGGGACUUCACGGUGGCAGCCCCCAGGCUUCUGACUCAGGGACGAAUAUGCUGGACUCUCUUGCCUAAAAGGGCUAUUUUGGGGACUAUCAAUGUGGGGGAAUGGGGUGCAGCCGGGCCUAGCUCAGGGUGAGGAUUUUGGGGCCACGGAUCCCCAGCACCCCACCCCCACAUUCUCAUCUCUUUUCCUUUGUCUUCUCUUCACCCCGUUUGCAAGGGGCUGGGGCUCCCCAUGGUUUUACAGGGACAGUAAAUAGAGGCCACGCAGGACCGUAGUCCACCCAGGUCAGUAGGUGUCCUCCAUGCCGGGCAGAACUGGGCUGCAUUUCUGCCACAGCCACUGGGGCAGAAACUCCGUCCCCAACCUGGGUUCAGGGAACGCCCUUGGGCCGAGCUCAGCUCCCGUUGUCCCUGGAGCCGGCUAGGCCCAGGUGAGCCUGGGAGCGCUAAUUGGGCCCAGGGCACCUGGCCUGCUGGGCCCCCAGACCUCAGCAGGCUCCUGGCCUGGCAGAGUCCUUUCCUGUCUUCGAGAGGGAGGGAAUCCUUUUCUUCUUCCUAGGUCUCAGGGCCAUCGACAGGCCCCCCUCCCAGGAGGGGUGGGGCCCUCCAGAGCUCUUCUUGGCUUUUCUUCUGGAAGGUUCUGCCUGCCUCAUCUUGGGGGCAGGCAUCUUAGCAGCACAAUCAUUCCUGGGAGUGGGGGUCUUUUUGUCCCAAGACUCAAUCUUGCCCCCUCUCCGAGAACCAUCUGGACUCUGUCCAAAAUCUGCUCCUUCAGCCUCCUGGCCGCAACUCUGCAGCCAGCUGCCUUGGGGGCUGCAGCCCCUUGUCCUGUACGAGGGCCCCGUGUGGGGACUGUCCACUGCACAUUUCUUUCUACCUCAGGUCUGACUUUUGAUGCCAAAAACUGGCCCAGUGGCCACCCAGGUACUCAGUGCACGGGGCCAGGGCCACCUCCACCUGCCCCCUCAGAUGGAGUUUUUUCUUAGGUGACGCGUGUGUGGUGUGCUUGUGGGGACCCACUUUGGGGUGUGUGGCGGGCCAGCUUUGCACGAGGACUGGAUCCUGACUCAGGGAGGGACCUGGCCUGCCGGCUGCUUGAUGCUUAUAGGACCCUGGAGCCCUGGCAGCCAUGAAUGGGAGUCUCUGGAACCCUGUGUCCCAACAGGCAGGAGCUGUGGGCCCUGAGUGGCCUGCCUGUCUCCUGGCCAGUCUGCUGGUAGGGGUUCUAAGGAGUGUCUUUCUGGGGCACAGCUCAGCACCCCAUUAUGCCAACAUAUGGAAGGGGUGACCUGCCAGGCCCAGGGGACUUGGGUGUGUGUACUGUCCACUGGCACCUUGGGUCUUGGGUGGGCACAGCCGGCAGGCUCCCAAACCCAGGGCGCAGGGGCUAGCAGGGUCCUGGAAGUGAGUGGGGCCCUGGGCGGGGCUGUCCCCCUGUCCACUGUGGGCGAGGUUGGGAGGCAUGGGGCCUCCAGGCGGUGUUUAGAGUUGUGGUCCUACAGUCACAUCUUUCUCUGACCAUUUGGCCCACCUUCCUUCAUUGCUUUCCGUUGAAUUUUGGCUUUUGCGUUUUUUCUUGGCAAACACAAGCUCAGCCUUUCAUCUCGAAGGUCAAAGUUUCAGUUUCUCGGGGGCUUGUCAGAUGGCGUGCAGAUCACGCCCAAACUCAGGUAAAGGGGAAAAAACUUAAAAAAAAAAAAAAAAAAGUAUAAACUGCUGUCUACCUCUGGCUGGGCCCCUGUCACACUGCAGCCAGGGCAGGGUGACCUGCAUCAAUCUCAGUUUUUGCAGAACAUUCAGGUAUUAAAAGGAAAAAAAAAAGGCAAAAGACAAAAAGACCCCCCAAAAAAGUGUGAUUUUGAAAUUUAAAA